GGAAACGUUGUCUUGGUUUCGGUUUAGCUUGACUUACUCCGGUGUAGAAACAAAACCCGGGUGUUUUUCACCGCUCUGCAGAGCCGCCUAAUCAGCUGUUUUCCGUCGACAUUGAGGAACAUUACCGGCUGUAAUUUAGCGGGUCUCUACUCUUCUGACUAACACACAUUACCGCCUGUUAGUGAGACCAACAUGGAGAACCGAAAGAGACCGUCGGAGUCCGUUUUGAUCCCUAACGGCAGCUUCAAAACGCCGGACAAGAGAGUGUCCGCGGUCCCACUACUGGACUCGGACUACGCGCGAUGGGGAGUCGAGGAAACGUGUCGAUACCUGCGAGCAGAAGGUCUCGGAGAAUGGGAAGAUACAUUUAGAGCACAAAACAUCACAGGUGUCGGGCUGCGGUACCUCAAGGAUGAUGGUCUGGAGAAGAUUGGCAUACAGUACCUUGGUGACCGUCUGAAGAUCCUACACAGCCUCAGGAAGCUGUGGCAGAUAGAAGCAGAGCCAAAUAAGGUGUUUAAUGAUCCCAUCCACGGGCAUGUGGAGCUGCACCAUCUUCUGGUCAAAAUCAUCGACACUCCUCAGUUCCAGAGGUUACGAAACCUGAAGCAGCUCGGAGGGGCCUACUUUGUUUUUCCUGGAGCAUCCCACAACCGCUUUGAACACAGCGUUGGAGUGGCUUACCUGGCAGGGCAACUUGUACAAGCUCUGAACGCGAGGCAGCCAGAGCUCCUCAUCUCUCGCAGAGACAUCCUUUGUGUGCAGAUCGCUGGACUCUGCCAUGACCUGGGACACGGGCCAUUUUCCCACAUGUUUGACCAGCUGUUCAUCCCAAAAUCCCGUCCAGAAAUUAACUGGAAGCAUGAGAAAGCCUCUCUAGACAUGUUUGACUACCUGGUGAAUGACAAUGGACUGAAGCCGGUGAUGGAGCAGCACGGCCUGGUGCUGCCUGAGGACCUGGAGUUUAUUAAGGAACAGAUUGCCGGACCACAGGACACUAAUGCAGCUCAAGGCCACAAGUGGCCAUAUAAAGGCCGUCCAGAAGAGAAGUCCUUCCUCUAUGAAAUCGUGGCCAACAAAAGAAAUGGCAUUGAUGUGGACAAGUGGGACUACUUUGCCAGGGAUUGCUACCACCUGGGCAUCCAGAACAACUUUGACUAUCGCCGCUUCCUAAAGUUUGCCAGGGUGUGUGAGGUGGACGGCCAGAAGCACAUCUGCACUAGAGACAAGGAGGUGGGCAAUCUGUAUGACAUGUUCCACACGAGGAACUGUCUACACAGAAGAGCCUACCAGCACAAAGUGGGCAGCAUCAUAGAGACUAUGAUCACAGAGGCCUUUUUAAAAGCAGACAAGCACAUCCAGAUUGAAGGCUCAGGAGGGAAGAUGUUCACUCUCUCCACAGCCAUACAUGACAUGGAGGCCUACACCAAGCUGACAGAUCAUGUGUUUGAACAAAUACUCAACUCCUCCUCCCCGGAGCUGACGGAGUCGAGGCAGAUUCUACGCAACAUCACCUGUCGACGCCUCUAUAAGUGUCUGGGCCAAACCCAGGCAAAGAAUACCCUGAGUGUCACCAAGGAGAUGAUUCACAGCUGGGAAGCCAAGCUGGCUCGAUCCAUCCCUCAGAGCGGCUCCCAGGAUGUCAGUCUGCAGCCAGAGGACUUUGUAGUUAGUGUCAUUUUUUUGGACUAUGGGAUGAAGGAAAAGGACCCCGUCAACAAUGUGCGUUUCUAUUGCAAGGAUGACCCAACCAAAGCCAUCCAGAUUCGCAAGAACCAGGUGUCUAAACUCCUCCCAGAGCGGUUUGCUGAGCAGCUGAUCAGGGUCUACUUCAAGAAGACGGAUGACAGGAGUCUGGAGGCAGCAAAGAAGCACUUUGUCCAGUGGUGCAUGGACAUGGACUUCACAAAGCCUAAGGAUGGAGACAUCAUAGCACCUGAGCUGACUCCUCUGAAAGACAGCUGGUUGAACAACAAUGAGGGUGAGAAUGGUGAAGUAAACUGUGCUAGUGGAAAAAAGAAAGCCAAAGUGCAGCUUUCAUUCGACAAGUAAAAGGAAGAGCUUAAAUACCCCUCUGUUACACAUUUGGUAGAUAAGUCAGUGUUGAGUGAAAAUUAUAUUUUUCUACGAGGUGUUUGUGAGCACAGCAAAGAUGAAAAUAAUUUUUUUGCACCAAAAAGAAAUGGUUUGAAAAAAAAAAAAAAGAUUCACUGUUGCAUAUUCAGGGCCUGCACUCAGGGUUUUUACACAGAUCCGACUUCAAUAUUAUACAAAUAUCUUUGUUUAAGUUUGAUCAUUUUUAAUCAGGUUUUUAUUUUAGACUCCUUUUUCCAUUUGAAGCUGCAAUUGUUUUCUGCCAUGUGCUAUCUAAUGGCCAACUAUCAUGUAUUUGUAUUAUGAACAAUAAAUGAAAAUAAAAAAAAAAUAAAGUGAACAUGUGCAAAGUAUAUUUAUAUACACAGCUGAUGUGUUUCAGGGAGUUUCUUUUAUUCAGCUUUCAGAUAUGCUUUGGGGUUUUCUCAUAACAGAACAAACUGUUUUUGAUAUUUAAAGUGAGCAUUUGUUGUUACUUUACCUUGAAUAUUUUUCAGAGGUGUUUUCCUGGUUGAGUGUGUUGUGUGGUGCUUUAUUUAUUGUUCUUACAGUAAGUAGCUCAGCUUCCCCACUGUUUUUUUUUUUUCAACUUAUAAAUCUGUGCAACAUUUUAAAUGAAAAUUUGGAUGCCAUUUAAAAAAUGUUUUCCUCAACAAAAUGUCAUGCAACUUGCCUCAUAGCUGGCUGUUUCAUUCUGGUGUUUGUGUACGGAAUAAUAUUUUUGAAAGAAUGCAUAGGGAAACUUACCAAGGGGUUUGAGAUAUAUCCUGUAAAUAGUAUUCCUAUUGAAAGGGGUUGAAAGCUGUUUGAAAAUAAAACUCUUUCUCUCA